UCUAUGAAAACUAGCAGUGAAAAAAUGUCUAAAUUUAAGCUUGUAAAAGUAUUCAAAUAGUUUGUAUCGUUCAAAAGUAUAAACAACAUGUCUCAGCAUAAAAAUAAGUCAAAGUUGACUUCGAAAUAAUUGUUUAAAUGAGAAUAAAAGCGUAAACACGCUGAAAACUUUUUUGUUUUGUGUUUCCUUGUAAAUUUUCGCUUCGCAUUUGCAGUGAUACAGUAAAAAAAAGAUUGUGCGAAGUAAAAUCAGGCAAAGUGCACGUAUUAUGUGUCGAAUGUUAUCAAAAAUGAGACAAAAAUAAAGGAACCAGUGAAUUUAAAUUAAUCUUAAUUCCAAAUUUUAAUGAAGUGAAGCGUAAACUUUCACUAAAAAAGUUUUCAACAACAACGCUAAUCGAGAGUUGUAGAAAGAAAGAAGAAGUGUAGGAAGAAGAAAGAAAAAAGGAAACAUGGCAAUAAACAACAAUAAUUCAACUUCAAGAUCUCAGCUUCAAACAAUUAUAAACAACCCUUACGCAAUCCGACAAGAGAUUCAACGUUUCGAGUCUGUUCACCCUUCAAUCUACGCCAUUUAUGAUCUGAUUGAGCUCAUACCCGAUAUUCAAGUGGCUACACAAAUACGAGAACACAUCGUAAACAUUGAAGAUUCAUUUGUGAACAGUCAAGAAUGGACGAUAUCGCGUGCUGUACCCGAUCUGAGACUUGGCAUUGUCGGUUCAUUGAAUUCUGGAAAAUCCGCGCUUGUCCAUCGAUAUUUAACCGGCAGUUACAUGCAAGAAGAAUCACCGGAAGGUGGAAGAUUUAAGAAAGAGAUUCAGAUCGACAGUCAAAGUUAUUUACUGUUGAUACGUGAUGAAGGUGGAGCGCCUGAAAUGCAAUUCUCCGCUUGGGUUGAUGCCGUCAUAUUCGUAUUCAGCUUAGAGAAUGAAGCGAGCUUCAAUGCAAUCUACGCGUAUUAUACAAAAAUGUCACAUUACCGAAAUGCCACUGAAAUUCCCAUUAUUUUGGUUGGAACUCAAGAUGCGAUUAGCGAUCGUUGUCCGCGUGUGGUUGAUGAUUCUCGAGCUCGAAAGCUUGCGAAUGAUCUUAAAAGAUGUUCAUACUUUGAAACAUGCGCAACAUAUGGACUCAAUGUCGAGCGGGUGUUUCAAGAGGCAUGUCAAAAGAUUGUUCAAGCAAGAACUGUCAAUCCAACAUUGACGCCGACAAAUUCCCGUCCAACAACACCAACAACAAGAUUAGGAAUCGCAAGUUAUCAUCAAAAUGUUCCAAGCCCGACAAAUGGAUUGUCGACAGGUUCAAGUCCAGCCAGUGCACUCACAAUCAGCAGCUUAUCGCCAAGUCAUCAUCACAGCUAUUCAGGAAACAAUUCAACUUUACCUCAUCGACAACACAGCUUGUCAUCAUCUAGUCACCAUCUACCAGUAAACAAAGUGAACAGUGAUUUAUCCAGUUUAGAUGUUUCAUCUCACAGUCCAUUAACAAAAUGCUCGACAUUGUCAUCACAACAAGGUCUCAUCUCAUUGCUGGGCAAUGAUAAUAAUAAUUUACCAAAAUUUAUGCAACACGAACGUUCAGCUUCACAUCAACCUCAACCACCACCAAGUUCAUUCGAGAAUCUUCAAUUUCUUGGAUUAAUGUCAUCGAAGGAGAAAGAAUUACCAACACCGACAAGUACACCAACGACAGCAAGAAAAUCGAGAAGACGUUCAAAUCUUUUCAUUCCAUCAUCAAAGAAAGAAGAUAAAUUGAAGAACAGUGAAUUGGGAUCGGGACGUUCAAUUCCUUUGAAGCAAGGCUAUCUGUACAAACGAAGCAGUAAAUCACUUAAUAAAGAAUGGAAGAAGAAAUAUGUGACGUUGUGUGAUGAUGGAAAGUUGACUUAUCAUCCUUCACUUCAUGACUACAUGGAUGACGUGCAUGGAAAGGAAAUUUCCUUGCAAUAUGUGACUGUGAAAGUUCCUGGUCAAAAGCCAAGGGGAUCGAAGUCUAUUAUCACGAAUAGUGCACUUACCAAAUAUCAAGCAAAAAAUGGUGUUAAUAAUAACAAUAAUAAUAACAACACAAACUCUAUAACUGAAGGUAUUGGCGUGUUAUCGUUGUUGAAAGAUAAGCGUGCAAGUGAUAAAGUCUUGUUGACAGCUUUUGAUAAUUUAAAAGAGCCGGGAAAAGCGAGUUCACAAUCGGGUGAUGAAUCGGGCAUUGCUUUGAGUAAUAGCAACUCACAAAGCUUUGUUGGAAGUGAUGGAAAUAAUAAAACUGAAUCAACGACGCCAAAUGUGAAGAAGCGACAUCGAAGGAUGAAGAGUAGUGGCGUUAAGAACAAUGACAUUGAUGAUCCAGAUGGUUUUGAGUUCUACAUUGUAUCAUUGGAUAACAAGCAAUGGCAUUUUGAGGCUGCCAAUUCAGAGGAACGUGAUGAGUGGGUGUACAUUAUCGAGCAAGAAAUCUUCAAGUCACUGCAAGGCAAUGAAAGUUUGAAGCCAAAAACCCAAAGCUCAAGUGAUGUUGCACAAUUGAUGCAAAAUCUUAGAACGCAAAUUCCUGGAAAUGGUUUUUGUGUUGAUUGUGACUCACCGACACCCGAAUGGGCGAGUCUCAACUUGGGAAUUUUAUUCUGCAUUGAAUGCUCAGGUGUACAUCGGAAUUUAGGUUCACAUAUAAGUAAAGUUCGGUCUUUGACGUUGGAUGAAUGGCCACCGGGUCAUCUCGCUGUGAUGCUUUCGAUUGGUAACAGUUUGGCGAAUUCUGUGUGGGAAGGUUGCACAAGAGGUCUGGUCAAGCCUGUGCCAACAUCGACGAGAGAAGAGAAGGAAUAUUGGAUAAGAAGGAAAUAUGAGGCUAAAGAAUUCCUACCACCAAUCAAUUCAAGUAUUUCUAUUGGACAACAGUUGAUUGAAUCUGUUGUGAAAAGCGACAUGAAGACAAUUAUUCUUUUAUUGGCGCACACAAAUAAUGAACAUGUCAAUUGCACUGUGUCACCAAGAGACUUACGGACGCCAUUACACUUUUCAUGUGCUAUUGGAAAUUUAAGUAUUACUCAAUUGUUAAUUUGGUACAACGCUGAUCUUAAACAAACUGAUCAUGAAGGCAGAACAUGUCUUACAUAUGCAAAAGCAUCGAAUGAACUUGCAAGAGUUAAGCAAUCGAAUAAUAAGCCACACCAUGUUACUUCUGAAACAACUAUGGCUCUAGUUAAUCUAUUAGUAUCUCUUGGAUGUGUCGAUACAAAUCCUUUAUGUCAAACCAUAAAUGUCAACAAUCCCGGAACCAUCACAGCAUCUUAAAGAAACGUGUUGGGAACGAUCACCGUUGUCAACUGUUUCAUAAACCAUUAAAAUAUUUACUUUUUUUAUCGACAUUUUGUAGCUUUAUUUACUAUAAAUUCAUUUCAGCAAUUAGGUAGUUAACUUUUUCUUAUAACCAUGAAGUGAUUUAGUGAUCCAUUUGUUCAGAUAUUUAGGGAAACUUUUUUUUUACAUUUUAAUUAAUUCAACCGCAAACUGCAUGCAAUUAAAGUUGAUGUGAAACUUAAUUUUAGCGACAAAGAUUUGACUUGUAGGAAAAGAAUACAAAACAUUAAAAAUUGCUGUUAAAACAUUAAAAGCUUACAAAAUAAUAAAACAGAAAGUUAUAAGACAGAAAAAGUGUUUUUAAUCGAAUUAAA